GCAUCGGAGUGGCGUAACCCCAUCUGUGCUCCCGUUCAACUCUGUUACAACUCUUGCGCAAACAGCGCACUUUACGUUCAUCGCUCGGAGUGACAAAGAGAACGAGCACAGACCGACGGAGAAGAGAUAAAAAAGGAAAUUUCUGAAUUACCGUGGGGAUUCUGAUCACCGUUUCCUUUCGGAACCGCACGUUUGGCUCGUUUCUUGAGCUACCCGUGUACAUUUGGGAUUUCUUAUUUGUUCAUCCGUGUGCAUGGAGUUAAGUGGGUCGGGGCGGCCGAGGAUAGCAGUCUUGAAAUUGGGCAAUUGGAAAAUUCUCAGUAUCGUUGGUUAGAGCAAGGAAGCCGCCAUGGCUGGUGCCCCAGGAUCGCUGAGUCUCCACCUCAGUAUAUGAAAAAUACUGACUGGUGAUGAAAAACCCCUUCAGCGUCUCAGCGUCGUGAGGGUAUUUUAGACACGGACCGUGUUCUUUGUGUAAAUCUCUGUUCCAGUCAGAGAGAAAGAAACAGACGAGGAUCGGUGGGUUUUGUUCGAGGGAAACUGGGAAAAGGCCGAUUUCAUGAGCGCCUUAAUACAUGACCGAAUUUAUCUAAGGUUUCAUCACUGAAGGUAAUACUGACAGUCACAGGAAAACGAUGAUCUGAUCUGAAAGCGAGACGCUUGAGAGUUCACUGAAGGAAACGAUCGCGGACAGCCGAGGCGCUUUUGCCCAUUUUCCUUCAUAGUUAAGUCGGAGACAAACUGCUUCCCACUGAUCGAAACGGGUUCGUUCAAGACCAACAGUCGUAUUUUACUCUGAGAGACGUCUGCGUUGGAUUUCGGAUUGGAAAAUGUCCGGUCGGCCCAGAACCACCUCCUUCGCAGAGAGCUGCAAGCCAGUGCCGCAGCCGUCGGCAUUCGGCAGCAUGAAAGUCAGCAGAGAUAAAGAUGGCAGUAAAGUGACCACAGUGGUGGCAACCCCCAGACACCUAACUGACCGGCCGCAGGAGGUCAGCUACACUGACACCAAGGUCAUCGGGAACGGCUCUUUUGGCGUGGUUUACCAGGCCAAGCUCUGUGACUCAGGAGAACUGGUGGCCAUUAAGAAAGUCCUUCAGGACAAGCGAUUUAAGAACCGUGAGCUUCAGAUCAUGAGAAAACUGGACCACUGCAACAUUGUGCGUCUGCGUUACUUCUUCUAUUCCAGUGGAGAUAAGAAGGAUGAGGUGUAUCUGAAUCUGGUUCUGGACUACGUCCCUGAAACUGUCUACAGAGUGGCGAGACACUACAGCCGCGCUAAGCAGACCCUCCCCAUGGUUUAUGUAAAGUUGUACAUGUACCAGCUCUUCAGGAGUCUGGCCUAUAUCCAUUCCUUUGGGAUCUGCCAUCGGGACAUCAAACCGCAGAAUCUUUUGCUGGACCCAGACACGGCCGUGCUUAAACUCUGUGACUUUGGCAGUGCUAAGCAGUUAGUACGUGGGGAGCCCAAUGUUUCCUACAUAUGCUCGCGGUACUACAGAGCCCCCGAACUCAUCUUUGGAGCAACCGACUACACAUCCAGCAUAGACGUGUGGUCAGCUGGCUGCGUGUUGGCGGAACUGUUGCUAGGACAACCCAUUUUCCCCGGCGACAGCGGAGUGGAUCAGCUGGUGGAAAUCAUCAAGGUGCUGGGCACUCCCACACGGGAGCAGAUUCGGGAAAUGAACCCAAACUACACCGAGUUCAAAUUCCCACAGAUUAAGGCCCACCCAUGGACUAAGGUGAGUAAACAGGUGUUUCGGCCACGCACGCCUCCUGAAGCCAUUGCGCUGUGCUCGCGGCUGUUGGAGUACACACCGACUGCUCGACUGACCCCCCUAGAGGCCUGCGCUCACUCCUUCUUUGAUGAACUGCGGGAGCCCAAUGUCAAACUUCCUAAUGGACGUGAGAAACCAUCCUUAUUCAACUUCACAACUCAAGAGCUGUCCAGUAACCCAUCCCUGGCCUCUAUCCUAAUUCCUGCUCAUGCACGUAACCAGGCAGGAGCCUCUACCCCAACUAACGCCUCUGCCACUUCAGAUGCCAAUAGUGGAGAUCGCAGUCAGACCACAACUGCAGCCUCCGCCUCCGCCUCCAACACCUCAACCUGAGAGCCCCAGCCAAUCAGACCUGACCCUGCCUCCGAGGCCACGCCCACCCCACUGCUCACCAGCUGAAUGGGCAGGAUUUGAGUCAUAUAACCACCACUCUUAUUCAGACUGCAAGAGUCAACCUUCAUUUAUGUUUUUUUUUUUUUUUGUUUACAAGGUU